GCCCUUUGGCAUUGUUCAUCGGCCACCACCUCAAAAAAGUUCUCUCAGUCUCAGCCCCACAAAUCCUGGAAGAAGAUCCUUUGCUAAUCUUCCGCCCGAAAUUAUCUUCUGCGAGCUCCCCUUUACCCAGGAAUUCGGCUCCAUGACGACGUCGUUCGCCACUGCUACCGCCGCCGCAAUCGGCAGGGAUCGGAAGGUUCGGCAUCUCGGAAGCUUCAGUGAACUGAGGAGUGCUUCCAAUUCUCUAUUGCUUGUUAAUCGCCCCUUUGUUUCCCAUUCUUUUACUGCGGGAUCCACCUUCCUUGUCCGAGCGGUCUCCACGCCUCUGAAGCCAGAAACAUCAACGGACCAAAAGCGAAGCAAGGUCGAAAUCUUCAAGGAGCAGAGUAACUUCAUAAGAUAUCCUCUCAAUGAGGAGAUACUAAAUGAUGCUCCUAAUAUCAAUGAGGCUGCAACACAAUUGAUCAAGUUCCAUGGCAGCUAUCAGCAGUAUAAUAGAGAUGAGCGCGGCACCAGGAGUUACUCAUUCAUGCUCCGUACUAAAAACCCUUGCGGGAAGGUUUCGAACAAACUCUAUCUGGUCAUGGAUGAUCUUGCUGAUCAGUUUGGGAUUGGAACACUUCGUUUGACUACCAGGCAAACCUUCCAACUCCAUGGUGUUUUGAAGAAAGACCUGAAGACGGUGAUGAGUACCAUCAUCGAAAAUAUGGGGUCUACACUUGGUGCAUGUGGUGAUCUGAACAGGAAUGUUCUUGCUCCAGCAUGUCCAAUUGAUCGGAAGGAUUAUCUGUUUGCACAGGAAACUGCAGAAAAUAUUGCUGCAUUGUUGACUCCUCAAUCGGGGUUUUACUAUGAUAUGUGGGUGGAUGGAGAAAAGAUUAUGUCUUCAGAGCCUCUGGAAGUAGUGAAGGCCCGAAAUGAUAAUUCCCAUGGUACAAAUUUCCCUGAUUCACCCGAGCCCAUCUAUGGAACUCAGUUCUUGCCAAGGAAGUUCAAGAUUGCUGUUACCGUACCAACGGAUAACUCUGUGGAUAUAUUUACGAACGAUAUUGGUGUUGUUGUUGUAUCUGAUGCUGAUGGGGAGCCUCAGGGAUUUAACAUAUAUGUCGGUGGUGGAAUGGGAAGAACACACAGAUUAGAGAGCACCUUUGCUCGGCUAGCAGAACCUCUGGGUUAUGUGCCGAAACAAGACAUUCUUUAUGCAGUGAAGGCUAUUGUUGUUACACAAAGAGAAAACGGGAGAAGAGAUGACCGCAAGUAUAGCAGAAUGAAAUAUUUAAUCAGUUCAUGGGGGAUUGAGAAGUUCAGGAAUGUUGUUGAACAGUAUUAUGGAAAGACGUUUGAACCUUGCCGUGAAUUACCCCAGUGGGAAUUUAAAAGCUACUUGGGAUGGCACGAGCAGGGAGACGGUGGGUUGUUCUGUGGUCUUCAUGUUGAUAAUGGCAGGAUCAAAGGGAUAAUGAAAGAGACUCUGAGGCAAAUAAUCGAGAAGUAUAAUCUGAAUGUCCGCAUCACGCCCAACCAGAAUAUCAUCUUGUGCAAUAUUCGACAAGCAUGGAAGCGCCCCAUCACUACUGCUCUUGCUCAGGGUGGCCUGCUGCAACCUAGGCUUGUUGAUCCUCUCAACUUGACAGCAAUGGCAUGCCCGGCCAUGCCACUUUGCCCAUUGGCAAUCACCGAAGCUGAGCGUGGAAUACCCGACAUCCUCAAGAGAGUUAGAGCUGUAUUCGAGAAGGUCGGUCUGAAGUAUAAUGAAUCCGUUGUUAUUCGGAUAACUGGUUGCCCUAAUGGCUGCGCAAGACCAUACAUGGCUGAACUUGGACUCGUUGGUGACGGUCCAAAUAGCUAUCAGGUUUGGCUCGGUGGAGUUCCCAACCAAACUGCAUUGGCAAGAGUCUUCAAGGAAAAGGUUAAGCUACAAGAUCUUGAGAGAGUUCUAGAACCUCUGUUUUAUCACUGGAAACGCAAGCGAAUUUCCAAAGAAUCAUUCGGCGACUUCACAAACCGUAUGGGCAAUGAAAAGCUUCAUGAACUGGUGGAUAAAUGGGAAGGGAAGCCAUUGGGAGCUUCGAGGUACAAUUUGAAGCUCUUUGCUGACAAAGAAACAUUCGAAGCCAUGGAGGCCAUAGCAAGAGUCCAAGACAAGAGCGCGCACCAGUUGGCCAUGGAUAUAAUCCGAGAAUACGUUGCAUCCCACCAAACCGGCAACUCUGAGUGAACAAACUACUAAAGAUUCAUCUGCUCUUGCCCGAAGAUUCUGCAAUGCGCUGCACGCCAUUUUGUGAGUAGCUUUCACGUGUUUCAAUCAUGUAUCCUUUUUUUGCCUAAAGCCCGUAUCGAAUAAACAUUUGCUUAUUUCAUUGCAAUGGAAGAAGGAAAGAUUGAGAAAGAA